CGGUGGUGGUGUAGGACGAGAAUGGAGUAAAAGACUACAGAGUCAAUUACGGACUCCCGGGGGCCUCGUGAUGCGGGUGCGGGUGCUGUGGGUGUGGGGUGUUCCCUGGCUCAGCAGCAUCCGUGCGCAGUGCUGGAGCAGACAGCCGCGCUGCCAGACGCACGAGCUCUCCACGGGACUGUAGCUGCGCUGGAAGGGACGGCGGCGGAGGAAAAAGAAGAAGAAGGAGAAGAAGGAGAAGAUGUCAAUGGCAAUAAGGAAAAGAAAAGGAGUUAAGGACGAGUUAAGAAAGUGCGCGUGGCGUUCCUGGAGGCUCUUUCCUCACCUGCUGCUGUGUCUGUCUCUGGUCGCGUACGCGGCGCUGGGCGCGCUCAUGUUCUGGUACAUUGAAGGAAAUAGCGAGAGCGACCGCCCGCCGGAGUACCAACGCUUCCUGGCUCAGAUUAUCACCACCGUCCAGAACCUGACCAAUAAUGCCUCCAACACACAGCAACACAUCUUGGAUGGAGUGGCGGAUCAGAUGGAUAAGUUCCAGUCCAUAUGGCUCCAGGAACCUGACAAAUGGGAUUUCUUUGGCUCCAUGUUCUUCUGCUGCACUGUAUUCACAACCGUUGGAUAUGGAGCGAUCUAUCCGGUUACCAUGACUGGUAAGGUGGUGUGUGUCUUGUAUGCCAUGGUGGGCAUCCCUUUAAUGCUUCUGGUCGUCCUUGAUGUGGGAGAUUUCCUCGCUAUGCUGAUGUCUAGAGCCUAUGUGCACAUUCACACCCUCUGCAAAACCCUCCGCUCCCACACCUGGUCUCCGUGGAAGGCUCGGAAGAGGACAAGGGACUCAAGCAACCCGGCUCUGGAGAACGGUAACUUUUUUUUCAGCGAUGACGUUGUGGUCCGUGAACCCCUCGACAUCCGGCACGUACUGCACAGCCAGGCGGAUGUACGGCACAACUCCAUCAUGCUCCAAAACAACAAAGAGAUCUUUGAGAAGAUUCUUGCAAGGGAGAAUUUACUUAGAAAGAACCCACUGCUCAGGAGCCUCUCUUGCCCAGAGCUAGACCGACUGCCACCAUCACCCAAAGGAUGUGCCAUUUGGGACUUCACAGGGUUAGGGGAUGGAAUGGAAAUGCUGGAUGUACCCUUUGUACUGAUUCUUUUCAUCGUGUUUGCCUACAUUUUUUUAGUAGGUUGUAUUCUGCCACUGUGGGAAACAGAAAUGCAUGGCUUUGACCCCUACUACUUCUGCUUUAUCACACUCACUACCAUCGGUUUUGGUGACAUUGUACCAAAUCACCCUAGGUUCUUCAUGCUUACCUCACUCUUCAUCAUUGUUGGCAUGGCCAUCAUGUCCAUGUCUUUCAAGCUAGGCCAAGCACGAAUUGUAAGCUGCUACCGCCAAUGCAUCAAGUUCAUUAGCAGAGGAAAUGUGGAGACUUUCAAAGAUCAAGAGAAUGACUAAGUCACCAAGAGAAUAUCUGUCCUAAUGUCCAUGAGUUGUACAAGCUCACAGUCUGUGGGAACUGGUCCAGUGCAUUAUUUGUACUGGCUGUUCGGUAAUAAGCAUGAGCAAAGUAAAAAGUGUGCAUGUGACAAAUGCUUUUGCCCAGUUAAGAAGGGUGAUAUUGACAAUGUUGCCUAACAACAAUGACUUCAAAUUCUGCAUAUCUAGCUGCAGUAUCUUGCUAAGGAAUGAUUAUGAGUACUAGCAAUUGUACUGCCUUAAAUGAGAAUAAAGCGUUUUGCUUGCAACUUACGUUUUUUGCCGGAGUGCCCUAAGCACCUCGGGUUGAAAAAACAUCUACUCAGUGUGGGAAAAAUGGCUAUGGACAGGUGAUUCGCUGGUUGCCUUAGCAAGAACAACAAAAAAAGAUGCAACUGGUCUGAUCAGGGCAUCAUCAACAAAAAGGCAGUGCAGUGCGCCUUAUGCUUUGCAACCUGCAAACAUGCCUGAAGCACUACAGAGAAUCGGCACAAUAGUGGUGCAUUUGAUUACAAGUGACAACUCUAGAUUCCCUACUUACAUUUAGGAAAAUCUAAAUGAAUUUCAAAUUCAGUUUUGUUCAUUCAUUUAUACUUGAUGUCAAACAUGAUGUCAAAUGAACAUGGCUGCCCACAUGUUCAGACGUUUUACUGAUUAUAUGACCGACAAUGAUUUUUUUCCUAAUUUAAACUUGGAGUAUAAAUUAUCAGAAAUGGUUACACCUGCAGAUAAUAAUGCUCUCCACUACAAUAGGUCUGCAAUAAAUAAUAAUAAAGAAUGAUAAAGAGUGUGUGGAGUAAUAGGGGCAGUGUUUGUUGAAGCACUGUUUCAAAGCUUGUAUUGCCUUGAAAUGAUCAUUAUAUUAUUAUCAUCAAUUCUCUUUACUUUAUAUUUUUGGUUUAUUUGUGGUCUUUUUCCCCUAUCCCUUGCUGCUGCAAAAUUGUGAAUUUCCCCAUUGUGGGAUCAAUAAAGGAUUUUAAAUCUUGAA